AUAAAAAAAAAAUUUGUACAAAAAUUAAAAUUAAAAAUUUUUCUCAAUUUUAAGAUUACUGUUAAGUUAAUUUUCUAUUUUAUCCAAUUUUACGCGUAAAUUUAAAGUUAGGGUUAGGGAACGUAGAUAUUUAUCAUUUUCAUUAUCGAACGCUAAGGAACAGAGCGGCAAUAAACAUGAAAAGCGCGUGAAUUUUUCAUGAAUACGACUAUAAUUGCGGCGUGUCAAUAGAUGAAAGACUUGUAGAUUGUUGUACAAAUAUAAGGGGAAGGAUGACACUCUAUUUCCUGUUAUGAUGUUCAUUUAGAUGUAUAUAAAAAAAUAUACGAAUGAAACUAACGAUAGAACAUAUAGAAAGGAAAAGGAAGAGACUAAAAAAAAGUGGAGACGGAAGAAAAUGAAAUAAAAUAUAGAUUUUUUUUUAUUAUUUAUUUAAUUAUUUUUUACUUAUUGUUUAUAGGGGAGACGACCUUGCAGACGUUCUUAGCUGCGAGGGGCUUGGAGAUCCUAUGAUUUUCUAUACCAACGCCAUCUGGAUUUUAAAUGGUGCUAUGAUGACUAUAUUCUUUCUUUUUGCCUCAUAUUUAUCCGAGGGGAGUUCCUUAGGUGGUGUUGUUGCGACAACAGCAUUUUUCUUUAAUCAUGGAGAAUGUACUAGAGUAAUGAACACACCUCCGUUACGGGAGAGUUUCGCAUAUCCAUUCUGUAUUUGCCAUAUGUUUGUUGUCACAAUGGUCUUAAAGAGGAAAAAUCCAAGCUAUUGGCUAUCAGCAAUACUGGCGAUAACUACUGUUUCAUUUAUGUUGCCAUGGCAAUUCGCUCAAUUCGCACUUUUAACUCAGCUAUUGGCUGUAUUUGGUGUUCAUGCAAUCCAAUAUACUAAUAGGAAUAAUACUGUGAAAUAUUUGGCAGGAAUAUGGGCAGGGUUUAUUAUUUCCUUUGCUUUCCUUCUUGGAAAUAAGAUGUUAAUAACUUCAUAUUUCUUCUCCGCAUUAAUAAGUGUUUCAAUAUUGAUUUAUUUGGAGAAAAUAUCACCAAAAUUCCUAUGGUUUCCCAUAGCUGUUCUUAUUAAAACUCUAUUUGUUUUACUGGCAUCAAUCUGUUUCAAAAUGGUCCUAUCACGUUUGUUAAACAUUCAAGACGACGCUCACAUUUCAGAUAUACUUAGGAGUAAAUUUACGGAUUAUAGGGACUUUCAUACUAUGCUUUAUACAUGCGCAGCUGAGUUCGAUUUUCUCCCUAUGAAAACUGUAACAGAUUUAUGUAAAACGCUACUUGUACCAACUGCAGCAAUUUGCUGUAUUGUAGUAUUGAUUUACCAUCUUAAAGAUGAAUAUACCAAGUGGAGAAUGAACGACAAUAAUGCAGAAAGAACUGGAGGGGAAGUCAUAUACAAUAUACUGCAACUAUGUGCCUAUACUUUAAUGGCAGCAAUUAUAAUGCGGUUGAAACUUUUCUUUACUCCUCAUCUAUGCCUAAUAUCGGGUCUAAUUGCUUCCCCAAAAUAUUUUUCAUUCAUAAAGAAGAAGAGCCUUUAUUACGGAUUGAUAUUUGUCGUCUUAGCUCUUAUGGCUUACGAGGGGAAAAAGAAUUUAGAAGUAGAAUUAUCAAGAACAGGAGAAUAUUCUGAUCUUCAAACUGAAGGUUUAUUCGAUUGGAUAGAAAAGAAAACUAAAAAAUCAGCCGUCUUUGCGGGACCAAUGCCGACAAUGGCUAAUAUUAAACUAUCAACCGGAAGGCCGGUGGUUAAUCAUCCGCAUUACGAAGACUCAGCAUUAAGAGAACGAAAUAAAAAGGUUUAUUCUAUUUUCUCAAGGAGGGCCACUAAAACAGUAUAUGCAACCCUACGAGAAAUGUACGUUCAAUAUGUUGUAAUUGCUCAUCACUGGUGCUUCGGAUCAUCGAAAUCCGGAUGCUCUAUGUACGAAAGCUGGGAUUUAGAGGAACCAAACUUUAAAAAUCAACCAAUUGUAUGCAAGAGUUUAAUACAAAAUGGUAAAUCGGAAUAUUUCGAAAAGGUUUUCGAUAAUCAACAAUAUUCUGUUUUCAAAUUAAAAAAUCCAAGACUAUUUAAAAAAUGACCUACUACUUAAGUGUUUUACAAUUAUUUCGUUAUGAUUUAACUGUUGAACCUUUUUGUUCUUUCAUUUUUUUCCUAUUUUUCUUUUAAAUA